UAUCAAUACACCUGCACCAGUACCGCCACCCUCUUCAUCACAGACACACAUACCUACAAUCAUCUCGAAACAAUAACGUUCAUUCUCAACUGCCGAUCUCUGCUUGAUACAAUCCUCGACGUCAAUAUACGCAGCAGGAGAGUGUCUGACUGCCUUCAGCUCCAACGAAGUUCAAUCUAUCCAAGAGACAAGUUGAAGAAACUUUGAAGUCUUGGAACUUGGAAAAAAGAUUGAAGCUUGAACGUUGAUUAUCUCCAGGAGACAAAGGGGGUGUUUGGAAUUUUCGAAGCCUAGCCGUUGAGUUUGGCGGAUCAAGAUGGCGCGCGGGAAGGGGAGCGGGGCCAUGGAGGAACACCUGGAGCUCUUGCAGUACCUCUUGUACAUCUUCAACUCUGUGUUCUUCCUGGCAGCAUCAGCGGUGUUCGCCAUGACUCUGUGGGUUCGGUUCGAGAACAACAUGAACAACUACAUGGAGGGCCUGUCUAUGUACACAUACUGGAACAUCACCGUCGCCCUGAUGGUGAGCGCCAUCUUGGUGAUGAUGACCUCCUUCCUCGCCUGCUGCGGCGCCUACUUCAGGAGUAAAUGUCUCCUCGGGACGUACAUGACGAUGACGGUGGUAACAUUCCUCCUUCUGCUGGGGGAGUCAGCGUUCAUGCUGAACCAUGGUCUCGAGGACUCUCUACUCUUCCCUUACAUCCAGGAUACCAUGAAGAGCCUGAUCCACCAGUAUCAGUGGGAUACAGCGGCCAAGAGAGCCGUGGAUAUCGUCCAAGAAUAUAUCGGAUGUUGUGGCGGCUACUCUGCUGAUGACUACACCAAUAUCCACAUGCCUAUCCCAGACACCUGUCGUGACCAGGUCACAGGUAACCAGUACAAGUACUCGUGCGCCGAAGUCUUCUCCCAGUACCUGGAAAUAAGAACUGGAUGGAUUACCGGCCUAAGCCUCAGUAUCUGCUUCUUCCAGUUUUUCUCCAUGGCGUUUUCCAUCUAUACGUGGCAAGCAAUCAACGAAAUGGAAUCAUCGAAAUAAACAGUUUACAGGUUUACAAAAUAGCCUUUUAGAAUAAUUUGUUAAUCAGUGUAUUUUUAGAUAACAAUCAUUGUUUGACAUAAUUGUAAAAAAAGUGGAAUGAUUUGAUACUUUUGCCAGGAUAGUUAAGUAGCAAAUUUCUCACUUGUAAGUUUAAAAGAAGUUAAUAUUUAAUUAAACUUAGCUAAGCUUGCAUACCCGGCGUUGCGCGGGUGGUACACGGAGCUGGCCACAUCUUCACUACAUAGCGUGUUCAUCACUGUAACCAUCUUCACUACACACGACCGUCAUCACUGUAACCAUCUCUACUACACACGACCGUCAUCACUGUAACCAUCUUCACUACACACGACCGUCA